UUCAACACCCAUUACCCUCGUCCCUACAGAUAAAAAAAGAGAGGAAGCGACCAUGUCAGAGCACACCAAAGACACGACACGCGUUGUGGCAGGGUUGAAGGCAGCAAUUCACAACCCCCACGUGUCCGAAGAAGCUAAAGAGCACGCGAUUCAACGGCUCAGGGAAAUGGGCCAGGAUGUCGAUGUCGCACCACAGGAGACAGCUGAGAAGCCUCCCCCCCAACAGGAUGAAGGACGUGUUCUUGCGGGUUACAAGGCCACCCUGAGCAAUCCGUACACUUCAGAAGAGGCCAAGAAACACGCUGAAGAAGUCCUUCAGGCCGCGGGAAUUUACGGGCGGCAUCAGGACGCAACAGAUGAGGAGCACGGGACUCGAGUUUUGGCGGGCUAUAAGGCUGCUAUCCACAACCCUCGAGUUUCUGACGAAGCUAAGCAGCAUGCGCGCCAGUAUCUUGAGGAGCAUGGAGUCGAGAUUGAAUGAUCAGACCCACGAAUCUCUUCAAAAGAUAAUUAUACU